AUGGCAUGGAAAGAGAUCGCAGAGGCUGAGAAAAGCCGCAUCGACAACACCAUUCCCCAAGAAUGGCGGGUCUCAAUCGCGCAAGACAGAAGCAAUUUUGAAACGCUCCCCAGAAACAGCAAGAUCUUGACGGAUUCUGAAAUUGAAAUCACCGAAAGCCCUGCUGUGGACCUUGUUCGCGAAUUGGCUACGGGGAAACUCACGAGUGUGGCCGUGACUACUGCGUUCUGCAAACGCGCGGCGCUGGCUCAUCAACUGACCAAUUGUUUUCAUGACUUUUUCCCCGAGCUUGCUCUAGCUCGAGCCAAGGAACUUGAUGCAUAUUUCGACAAGCACAAGGCGCCGGUUGGCCCCCUUCACGGCCUGCCGAUCUCACUCAAGGACCAGUGUCGCGUCAUUGGCCGCGUCACCCACAUGGGCUAUACUGCCUGGGUAGGCAAGACGGACAAUGAGAUGUCAGUCUUGACUCAAUUGUUGUGGAAUGCUGGCGCAGUUUUCUAUGUCAAGACGAGUGUGCCGCAGAGUCUCAUGGUGUGCGAGACAGUCAACAACAUCAUCGGUCGUACAACCAAUCCCCGUAACAAGGACUGGUCUUGUGGAGGCAGUUCGGGCGGAGAAGGAGCCAUUGUCGGCUUCAGAGGGGGCGUCAUUGGUAUCGGGACAGAUAUCGGUGGCUCGAUCCGUGUGCCGGCGGCCUUCAACAACCUUUAUGGUCUGCGCCCCAGUCAUGGCCGGCUGCCAUAUGCAAAGUUGGCAAACAGUAUGGAGGGCCAAGAGACUAUUCACAGUGUUUGCGGUCCGCUGGCUCAUAACACUGCCGACUUGAAACUGUUGGUCACGGCUGUUCUCAGUCAAAAGCCAUGGGAGUUUGAUUCCAAGGUUGUUCCUCUGCCAUGGCGAUCCGACGAGGAAAAGAUCAUUCAGUCAAAGGCGGCCGCCCGUCAAUUGCACUUUGGGUUUUAUUCGUGCGACGGUAAUGUUUUACCGCAUCCACCUAUUCUGCGAGGUGUACAGACCGUUGUCGACAAACUGCAAAGCGCAGGACAUACAGUUAACCCUUGGACGCCCAUUGAUCACACAUUUGCUGUGAACUUGGCCAACAAGGUCUAUGCAUCGGACGGUGGUGUAGACGUUCACAAGACGCUGGAGGAAUCUGGCGAGCCACCUAUUCCCAACUUCGCCGACCUGCUGAACCCCAGCCUUCCAAAGGCGACGAUGAAUGAACUUUGGGACGUACAGCUCCAGAAAUGGAACUAUCAGUGCAAGUACCUAGAGGCUAUCCGUGCCUUUGAGACGAAACAUGGCAGAGAACUGGAUGCCAUCAUUGCGCCGAUUACACCCACGGCUGCCGUUCGUCACAACCAGUUCAAGUACUAUGGUUAUGCCACUGCCAUAAAUGUACUUGAUUUCACAAGUGUCGUGGUUCCCGUCACCUUUGCUGAUAAGAACAUUGACACGGCAAACGGACAAUUCAAGCCAUUGAAUGAUAUGGAUGCACUUGUCCAGAGUGAAUAUGACGCGGAGCAAUAUCAUGGAGCGCCUGUCGCAGUCCAGAUCAUUGGUCGUCGGCUGACGGAGGAAAGAAUUCUGGCUAUUGCAGAGGAGGUUGGAAAACUGCUCAAAGCCUAA